GCUCAAUUCCCUGUUAACGUUUCAGGUACACAAAGGAUGCGCUGUGCCUGGUGUCAAUGAAUGAAGCAAAACGAAAGUAUAUUCUAUUAAAGGCGAACAGAAUACCUUAGGCAUGCGUUUUGCAACGCAACGAUGCCACGUGUCGCACCCCGCAAACCUAUCGGUGGGUCAUCCAACCCCGCGCGCACCACGCACGCAUGUGUACGAUGUCGGUUGAAGAAAGCAAAAUGCACAGGCAACCCUUGCGACAAAUGUGUAGCAAAAAAUGUUGUCUGUAGUUUCAGCCCAAAGAGGAACACAGUACAGCCCGUCUCAGUGGGUUACACCCGUCUUCUUGAGGAACAAGUAAAGACUUUGAAGGCCAAUCUCUACAAAGCACACUCUGCCAGAGCAGGAGAGGUCAACAUCAACGAUCUCAUUAAUACAAGCGAGACGAGUUCUGCACAUGAAUACAAUGCUAGCAACCAACAACUUAGCAACAAAGCCCUAGGCAAACUUCCAGUGGGGGUCUCAGGCAAACAUUUGGAGAAGCAUCUAUUCGGACAUGCGGCCGGGCAUCCAGUCGAACAUCCAGUCAAACAUUCAGUCAAACAUCCAGUCGAACAUCCAGUCAAACAUCCAGUCGAAUAUUCAGUUGAACAUCCGGUUAAACAUCCAGUUGAACAUGUAGUUGAACAUCCCGUGAAACAUCCGGUCGAACAUCCAAUUGAACAUCCAGUCGAACAUCCGGUCGAACAUCCAGUCGAACAUCCGGUCGAACAUCCGGUCGAACAUCCAGUCGAACAUCCAGUCCUGCAUCCACUCCCAUAUCCGGUCCAGAAUCCAGUCGAAUAUUCAGGCGGACUUGAUGUUGGACAUCCAGGUGGACACCCAGUCCAGCAUCCACUCCUAUAUCCCCAGCACCCAGUCCAGAAUCUAGCAGAACAUUCAGACGGACUUGAUGUUGGACAUCCAGGUGAACAUUCAGGCGGACUUGAUGUUGGACAUCUAGGUGGACAUUCAGACAGGAUUACAGCCGAGUCAUCGCAUGAACUGCCAAUAUGCAGAGUGACGCAUUCAAUCUUGGGUGCUCUGGACAAUUUUCCGAACACACCGAUGGUCGCCGGCGGUCGAUACUUUACCGACCAACCUGCCGCUGACAGCCUAGAAUUACUCGAGACGGUUCUACCGGAUCAAAGCUGGGUAGAGGACUGGGGUGCAUCACUUUAUGAUAUAUAGUUUGUACUGCUCCUUAGCUAGGAAAUAUUGUUUUAUGGAAUUAUUCACCAAGUACGCAUACCAUGAGUCCAGCAAGUCGAUAUCAGCGUGUACAUUUCACCGAACCGGUUUAUUCUUCCGUCUUGUACUCCCUUAAUCAACCAGAAUACUG